AUGGAUCAACCAACUAAUACAAUUUCCACACCUCAUCUCAACGUCAAGGGUGCAAUCACCACAUCCUCCAAGGAACCAGCAGAAAUCCAGAGUAACCGUCUACCACAUCGCAAAGACUCGGUCACAAUGUUCCCCAACCACCAGGUGUCUGAUUCCCGUUCAAUACCAAAGAGAGGCCGCACAACUCCCGUUGGAAACAUCUCGCUAGAUACCAGGGUGAAGCCAGCGUGGUCAGUUUUCACGUCGCCUGGUUCGUUCGAGCAGCUGUACAACGAAAAAGCCUAUCUGACGGCCUCCCUCAGGGGCCAAGGAGAGCGGACAAUCGAGCUGAUGAGAAGGCUAUCCAUAUUUCAAGAGAAGAUCGACCACAGCCUAUCAUCCGAGGAGCGACGCAAGGCCCGAAAGAAGGCCUACUUGCUCAAGAGCAAAAUCACAGAGGCCACCGCACAGGAAAAGGCGAUUACCCUGCGGCUGUGCGACAUCGGCAGCGAACUCAGUAUCAGAGAGCGAUGGAUGCGAGUACAGAACGAAACCUACGAGCGCAGUCACUGCUGGUGGCCGGUGGACUCGGCCGUCACCGGCUACAUCUCGUCGCCCUCGAGCCUCGCUUCCGUCCUCUCGACGCCGUGGGAUGUGUCCUCGCCGGUCCUUUUUCCUGUGGGAUAUUACCCCGUGUAUAACCCUCUGCAGAUGAUGCCGCCUUGUCCUAGUCCGGAGCCAUACGUAAUGGAGAAUCCGCUUGUUCCAGAGUCCUGGGUAGAUAUUGAAAUGUGCGAGGCGCCGGUCGACAUCCUAGGAAAUUACGGCCUGGAAUUCUGCUUGGACAGCCGAAAAAUGCCAGAUUGUGUGAGCGACGAAGAAGCAGGUGGAAUGGACGACACCGAAGGGCAGAAUAGAAAAAGAAGAAGAAGAAUGAGUCUUCCGCCUUUGCGAUGCCUCUGGCCGGGGCUGCAGGACAUGUGA